AUGGAGAAGCGUUGUGUGUCGAUCGAUAUUGGAAGGAUUUGGGAUUCCUUCGUUUUCACUUAUCUCGUUCAAUUGCUGAAUAAAAACUGGAAGUCGAUCGGGUUGACAACGGAAAUAGAAUCGCGCUUGGGAAAGAUGACCGAUUCUGGAUUUGUGCCUGGAGUGAGUCAAAAAUUCUUUUUCGACAUGCGGAACUAUCUAUUGUCCAGAGACUACUGGGUGGAUCGGAGCGGAAAGAAGCAUACUCCAAAAGAAGAUGAUGAAUAUGCCAUAAUCUUCGAACAGAAUGUGCGUGUCGUUACUGUGAAGGAGGGAGAUGCGUAUUCCAUCAAAGAAGUAGCGAGGAAAAAGAGGGUGGAACAGGAAACCUUUGUAUUCGGAGAAGCUGUGUAUAGUCUGCGAAUCUCCAAUUCAGACGAAAUCCCAAUCUCCCAAAGCCAAGUCGAUGAAUAUGAAAAGGCAGCGCUCGACUAUCUCCAGAGUGGUUCUCUGUCCCGAUCCACUCGGAUCGUAACAGUUCGUCAUCGAAAGCGAACCAGCUUCAACUUUGAGAACAAAUAUGUAAUCGAUAUGACAGUGACUCAAAGUGGCGACAAUCUCCAAGAAGCAUUGAAUGGAGAUUUUACAUACGAAGUAGAAUGCGAAUUGCUGAUGCCUCGCGACAACUUUGCCCUGACCGUCUUUACUUAUUUGAAUGCUAUUCUACACCGUUUGCUGACUCAACCCGAACGGAUUUGCAUGCCACCUCCUACAAGCGUGUUUCACCCAAAGAAUGCAGCCCGACUCAAAUGGGCAUCUCUCUGUCCCGUCGCAGUCAAUAGCGAUAUCGAAUUGACCUCAUCGAAGGGAUACGAUGAUGCUCUGAUUGAGUGGUGCCGACAGCAGAAUCCCGAGAACAGAGCGAUUCUGCCGAUGAAAGUAGCGACGCAGCUCAAAUGGUCGGUUGCCUAUCCAGAAAAGUACUAUACAAUACGAUGGGAGGCAGUGGAUAUGGGAAGGCAGCAGAAGGACACUCUCCAAAUAAUUAAUCAGUCCGGAACAAUCCACACGGAGGACGGAAAGGUAUUUCAUUGUUGUGAAUGGCAGUAUGAGGGCGUCAUACCGAACAAUCUAGUUGCUUCCAUGAAGCGUCAAUCUAGCGCACAGUAAUAAGUGUUUUUGAUUUAC